CCACACAAUCAGGCCAAUCAACUAAAUGAACCCUUUCUUCGCUUAAUUUUCUCAGGCACAUUUUGGAUUUUCUUAGCCCAUCGCAAACAACCUUUACUAUCGAAUUCAUUCUCAAUCGACCAAUUCGCCAACCCACCGACAACACCUCGACUUCCCUUUCGACAAACGACGACAGCGGAGCCGACAAGAUGAAGUUCCUAAAGGUUGGCCGAGUAGCCAUCAUCACCCGUGGCCGAUACGCCGGAAAGAAGGUCGUCAUCAUCCAGCCCGUCGACAGCGGCAACAAGGCACACCCCUACGGCCACGCCCUAGUCGCAGGUAUCGAGCGUUACCCCUCUAAGAUCACACGGCGCAUGGGCAAGGCGCGACAGGAAAAGCGAUCCAAGAUCAAGCCUUUCAUCAAGGCCAUCAACUACAACCACCUGAUGCCCACACGAUACACCCUCGAGCUCGAGGGCCUUAAGGGCGUCGUUUCCGGCGAGACCUUCAAGGAGGUCAGCCAGCGCGAGGACGCCAAGAAGAACGUCAAGAAGGUCCUCGAGGAGCGAUACACGAGCGGCAAGAACAGAUGGUUCUUCACGCCCCUGAAAUUCUAAUCCUUUCGUCUGCAUACUUCCGUCGUUCGGUCUUAAGGGGGUUCGGUCUGGGAUGUAAAUCGCAUCAUCAAUGGCAUUAGGAAGCCUCAAAGGGUCUUGCUCUGAAUUCAGAAACAUGAAAAAUGAACACAUCUGAUGAAUGAAACCUGCUACGUCUCGGCCGUACAUAUGUGACUGGUGCUACUUUCGCUUGCGGAUUCCUAGUAAUUGAUUUACUAUUCAUCAACUUGAGACUGACCGAGCCCGCCCGUCCGCCCGCCUGUACUACACCCGAGUCUCUGGGACUAGUGUCCGAGUUGUACGUAGGUUGGAUGGUUAGUGGAGUGGCGAGCAUAUAAGAUUCCGUCACCAACGGAUCAAACUGUUUCAUACGGCAGCACAGGAUAGUUGUAGCCAUAUCCUAGUAGAAUCCCAAAAGCCCUCUUUGUAUUUUUACGGCCUAGCACUUCGAUACUGCAAGGGAGUUUUGUAAUUAAUUAUACUUCAUUAUACUAA